ACAAGGCCCUGACUGGAGGGCCGCAGCUGGGCUACUACUCCCUCCGCCGCCAUGAUUCCCCCCGCAGACUCUCUGCUCAAGUAUGACACCCCGGUGUUGGUGAGCCGGAACAGGGAGAAACGGAGCCCCAAAGCUCGGCCACUGAAAGUCAGCCCUCAGCAGCCCGGACCCUCAGGUCCCGUCCCACAGCCACCAAAGACCAAGCUCCCCUCAACUUCCUGUGUCCCAGAUCCUACAAAGCAGGCAGAAGAAAUCUUGAAUGCCAUCCUGCCCCCGAGGGAGUGGGUGGAGGACACGCAGCUGUGGAUCCAGCAGGUGUCCAGCACCCCCAGCACCAGGAUGGAUGUGGUGCACCUCCAGGAGCAGCUGGACCUGAAGCUGCAGCAGCGGCAGGCCCGGGAGACCGGCAUCUGCCCGGUGCGCCGGGAGCUGUACUCGCAGUGUUUCGAUGAGCUGAUCCGCGAGGUUACCAUCAACUGUGCGGAGCGAGGGCUGCUGCUGCUGCGAGUCCGGGACGAGAUCCGCAUGACCAUCGCUGCCUACCAGACCCUGUAUGAGAGCAGCGUGGCAUUUGGCAUGAGGAAGGCGCUGCAGGCCGAGCAGGGGAAGUCAGACAUGGAGAGGAAAAUUACAGAAUUAGAAACGGAAAAGCGAGAUCUGGAGAGGCAAGUGAACGAGCAGAAGGCAAAAUGUGAGGCCAUCGAGAAGCGGGAGAGUGAGAGGAGACAGGUGGACGAGAAGCAACACAGCGAAGAGAUUCAGUUCUUGAAGCGGACUAAUCAGCAGCUGAAGGCCCAACUGGAAGGCAUUAUUGCACCAAAGAAGUGAUAAUUUCCAUAUGGGUCUCGGCAAGCACUACUACCCCAUCAUAAGCCCUUUGUAAUAAAAAGCUUCCUGAGUGAAGCCACACCCGUCCCGAUCCCACCUACGUUAUUUGUCAGAAGCCACACCACCGCCCCAGUGUUGCGCAACACCUACGGUCUGGCAGCCAGGCUCCGGGCUGGACAUCAGAAGGCGGUGUGGCCCAGGAAGUCUCUGUACGUGGCCAACCUUGGGAUUUGCCAACUCCAACAGUGAGACUCAGAAUUCACCCCUUUUGGCUGUAUCCCUCAGGUGGGGCAGCUCCUUUCUGUCACUCUAUACUAUCACUUAUUUCCAGCCACACAAAGCUGCUUCUCUGCCCUGCAAUUCAUCUUGUCCCUUAACCCGGGCUCCUCUGGCCUCCAUC